AUGGGCGGAUUUUCAAUAUUCUCUCGAAAUUCGAAGCCAAUUUAUGCGAAAGUUAGUACGAUGGAUGCGGAUUUGGAGAAGAUUGUAAUAGAGAAAACAUGGACAGGAAGACAUUUAUUUGAAGCGGUUUGUCGAAUUAUCGGACUCCGGGAAACAUGGUAUUUUGGACUACAGUAUACCAAUAAGAAAAAUAUUCCAUGUUGGCUGCAGAAUGAUAAAACGAUAUGUGGCCAAGACGUUCAAAAAGACCCCUCCGAUGCGAGUUUUCAUUUUCUAUUCCUCGUGAAAUUCUAUCCAGAAGACGUCGAGCCAGAGAUAAUUCUCGACGUCACUCGACAUUUAUUUUUUCUUCAAAUUCGAGAAGCCAUCCUCUCAAUGAACCUGUAUUGUUCUCCAGAAGCCUCCGUCCUCUUAGCCAGUUUUGCAGUUCAAGCAAUGCACGGCGAUUGCACAGAAGAAGUUGGACCCAUAGAUCUGGACAAACAUUUACCAAAAAGUGUCAUCGAUCAAUAUGAUAUGAGUGCAGAUAUGUGGAGAGAUCGAAUCAAACGAUGGUGGUCUCGAAACGCCGGACAAUCGAGGGAGGAGGCGGAGCUCGAGUAUUUAAGGGUUGCACAGGAUUUGGAAAUGUAUGGAAUCCUUUACUAUCCCAUUUGUAACAACAAAGAAACGGAUCUUCAUCUUGGAAUAUCCGCUCAAGGAUUGGGAAUCUAUAAGGGUGUGAAUCGGAUAACACCUCGCCCGUUUUUCAGUUGGAGUGAAAUUAAAAAUAUUCAGUUUAAGAGUCGAAAAUUCCAUAUGAAGACCGUCGACAAGUCGACAAUAUCGUUUCGAUCGCGAGAAACAUCAAUCGAUUCAUCGAUUUUGGAUUUAUGUAUAGGAACACACAAUUUGUAUUUGAGAAGGAGGCAACCAGAUACAUUAGAGGUGCAACAAAUGAGGUCUCAAGCCAAAGAGGACAAACAAAGGAGGUCCGUAGAGCAGGCGAAGAUUGCUCUAGAGCGAAAAGAACGGCAACAAAUGGAGAAAGAGUGCAAGGAACUGAAACAACAGGUUGAACUGAUGACAAUGGAAUUGAUGAAAGCACAGGAGAGUGUUCGGAAAGCAGAAGAGGCAAAUGAUCAAUUGGCGGAGAAAGCGAGACAUUCGGAACAUGAAACAUUGAUGUUGUACAAACAGAAAAGUGAAGUGGAGGCGGAAUGUAAUCGAUUGAGUAUGAAUAAUAUGAAGUCAGAAGAAGCACUUCUCCGAAUGGAACGAAAAGCGCGAGAAGCGGAAAUCCUGGCGAAACAAAUGUCAAUGUCGCUGGCUGAUGUCAGUUUGGAUGCGAAUCGAAAAAUGACACAAUACUCGAGUCAAACGGCUUUGGUUAUUGAUCCAAAUUGGCACCAACAACACCAAGGGCACCCUGGAAUGCCAAGCACUGGAUCCUAUCAUCAAUUGCAAUCACUGGAACAUUCCCAUCCAUCGUCCCAACAGAUGAUGUCACGAAGUCUAAACAUGCCAUCCACAUUCUCCUCCCCAAUUCCAUCGAAUCCACCUCCAAAUCUUCAGAAUACACCACUUCAGAAUUCUCAGAAUUCUCAAAAUAUUCAGAAUUCGCAGAAUCCGAAAGCUCCGCCCACUUAUGGCUCGGGGCUCAUCUUUCCGCCGCCAGAUCCAUCGAUUAAUCAGAUUUUUGAACAACAAACGAUUUUGAUGGAAUUGGAAAAAUCCAGAAACGAAUACGAAAAACGAGCAAGAAUAUUCAAAGAGCAUUUAGAGGAGCUACGCGGUGAUAUUGACGGAUUGAAGAGAGAUGAAAAUAUGACAGUUGGGGGACAGAAUGGGACACAAAAUGGGACACAAACAAUUCAACAACAUCGAGAACACGAUGCGAUUCAUGCUCAAAAUGUUGCUCAGGGUUUUGAUAAAUUUACGACGAUGCGAAUGCCACCGCGUAGCGGUGGUGUACCAACUACAGUAACCCAAAGAUCAAAGGGUUUAGGUCAUUUUAAUAUGAGAUUGCUGCCUCCGAGGCAGCAGUCGUAUGACGUGGCAAGGGGAAGUGAAUGGGUUGAGGCGGACAUCUAG